CGAAUGUCGGCAACGCAGUUGGAAGAACUGUUGUUAUUAGUUGGAGCUCAACUGCAAAAAAUGAAUGUUGUUCGAGAGUGCAUAGGACCUAAAGAACGCUUGGCGUUAACAUUAAGAUAUCUUGCAUCUGGUGAUUCGAUGGUAUCAAUGUCAUACCAAUAUCUCGUAGGAGUUAGCACAACAAGCAACAUAAUUCAAGAGACGUGCAAAGCGAUUUGGGAUAUCUUACAUCCGCUAGUUUUACCAUCUGCGUUAACUGAAACAGAGUGGUUAGAUAUUGCACAGGAUUUCGAGGAUAAAACAAAUUUUGUCCACUGCAUUGGCGCCAUUGAUGGCAAACAUGUGACCAUACAGGUUUGUAUUUUUUAGAAAUACUUAUCUCUGAAGUAAUAAGAAUUCAGAAUUCAUUAUUUGAAAUAACCAUUCGAUAUUAUUUCAGUGUCCCAACAACGCCGGUUCCACCUAUUUUAAUUACAAACAAUCGCACAGCAUUGUUCUAUUGUGUAUUUGCGAUGCAAAUUACAUUAUCCGAUUUGUGGACAUCGGAGCAUACGGCCGACGAAGUGAUGGCGGAAUUUUUGGAGACAGUGUCAUAGGGAGAAAUUUCGAUUCUCAAUGUAUGAACGUGCCGAAGCCAGCAGCUGUUGAAGGUGGACGAAUUUUACCAUUCACUCUUGUGGGAGACGAGGCUUUCCCCUUAAAACCAUAUCUGCUUAGACCUUACCCAGGCAAAAAUGGAUUGACUCCGCAGCAGGAUAUUUAUAACUAUCGGUUAAGUCGUGCAAGAAGAAUGGUCGAGAAUACAUUUGGUAUUUUAGCGAGUCAGUGGCGAGUGUAUCGUAAACCGAUUAUUGCUCUGCCACAAACUGCUACAUCAAUCGUGCAAGCAACAGUGUGUCUGCAUAACUGGCUCCGAAAAGAAGACAUCGGAAGAAAUAUAUAUGUCCCCCUAAAUAUGAUCGACGAAGAAAGCGCAGAUUUAAAUACUUUUCGACCAGGUACUUGGCAGAGAAUAAUGGAGGAUGGAUGCGCAUUUCAAGAUAUUACUAAUUGUGGAACCAACACAAGUACACGAAACUGCAUGGCAAUUCGUGAUCAAUUUUGCGAUUACUUUUGUAAUGAAGGAUCAAUACCGUGGCAAUUUAAUAGGCACAAAUAAUUGAUUUGCAUAUUUUAC